AAUCCAUCGGCCCCAUCCUCAAUUGCCCCAAGUCAGCAUGUAGGCUAGCACGCUGUCCUCAUCCACACGCAGUCUUUAUUUCAUUACUCUCUUCUUCCGGUCAUUACAACCAAACUCCCUUUCUCUCAAUACGAUGGAUGGUUCUGACUCAGCAACUGCCCCUUCACCGGCACAGCAGACAGGGCUUGACGGCAAGAGUCGGGAGGGAAUGAUUGCCGAGUCUCUCCAGAUGAACCAAGAGGUUCAGGGUCUAUAUCCGCAAGUUGAUUUCAAAGAAGAAGUCAUAGAACCUACAAUCAACCUGACCUUCGACAUUCAGGAACACGUCGAUGAGGCCAACCAGAGAAGAUACAACACCCUCAUAGCCGAGAUGCUCGAACGUACUUCGGAACCGGACCUUGCCGAGAGGCUUCUUUGGGAAGCAAGAGAGUGCCUUGCCAACUACCCUGAUAUCCUGGCUCAGUUCGAUGCCAUAUUCAUCGGUCAGCGAUCUGCUUCGAAUGUCAUUCGGGAGCUGCAUGAGUGCAUGAUGAUCAAGAAGGGUGCGGAGAGAAGGAUGAGCCAGCAAGUCGAUGCUAGUCCACAUGAAAAUGGUCAAUAGGGCUGGUUGACCCAAGCUCAUCAGCUAAAUAGAUAGUCGCCUCACGAAGAUGAGCCUUGAAGUCCUGAAAUCGACCACAAACUUCAAUCCCUUGGUCGUUUGUGAUUGGGGACGCCCUAUAACCUUUAUAGUGUUAUGAGUCGGGGCAUAGAGCAAAAGUUGACACAACCAAACAAAUGAGAGCACAGAACCCUUCACACGAAUUCGUAACAGUAGGGGUGCCCCAAGAUCAAGGGUGCUACUUUGGAG